GGGGCCACGCCCGUGCCCGCGCAGUCCUCCAGCCGAUAAGUCCCCGAACCCAUCACAGCCACAGCCGCAGUCGGGAGGCAGCCGCGCGCAGCGAACCGGUGGCGCAGGUGUCUGGGGUUCCCGAGCACCGAUCCCGGGAGUAUGAUCGUGGACAAGCUGCUGGACGACAGCCGCGGCGGAGAGGGGUUGCUGGACGCGGCCGGCGACUGCCGCCUUAUGACCAGCCCACUCAACCUGGCCUACUUCUACGGCGCGUCGCCACCCGCCGCCGCCCCCGGCGCCUGCGACGCCGGCUGCUCGUCGUCUGGGCCCUCGGCGCCCGGCUCGCCCGGCUCCGACUCGUCCGACUUCUCUUCUGCCUCGUCCGUGUCCUCCUGCGGGGCGGUAGAGUCCCGGCCGAGAGGCGGCGCCCGUGCCGAGCGGCUGCAAGUUGAGCCCCAUAUGGGGGUUGGAAGGCAGCAGAGAGGACCCUUUCAAGGUGUUCGCGUGAAGAACUCGGUGAAGGAACUCCUGUUGCACAUCCGAAGUCAUAAACAGAAGGCUUCCGGACAAGCCGUCAAUGAUUUUAAGACACAAGGUGUGAACAGAGAGCAAUUCACAGAAUUGAAGAACACAGUAUCAUAUAGUGGGAAAAGGAAAGGCCCUGAUUUAUCAUCUGAUGGACCAGCUUGCAAAAGACCAGCUUUGUUACAUACCCAGUUUUUGACGCCACCUCAAACACCCACACCCGCGGAAAGCAUGGAAGAUGUCCAUCACAAUGAAUCCAAACAGGACAGCAGUGCUGAUCUGCUUCAGAGCAUUAUCAACAUUAAGAAUGAAUGCAGCCUGGUUUCCCUGAACACUGUUCAAGUUAGCUGGAUGCGCCCUGGGGUCCCUCCAAGCUCCCCCCACGAGCAGUGUCAGGACUUCCACGGAGGGCAGGUCUUCUCUCCACCUCAGAAAUACCAACCCUUCCAAGUCAGCAGCUCCCCACACGUGAUGGAUCAGGCUUCCAUGUACCAGUAUUCUUCACAGAACCAGAACGUGCAGCAGCUGCCGCCACAGCACUACACCCACAACCCAGCUCUGGAAUACAGUCCUUAUUCCAGGACUUCCCAGUCCCCCAGCUAUGAACCAAACAUCUUUGAUGGUCAAGAACCACAGUUCUGCCUGAACCAAAGUUUUGCAUCCCUUCUAAGUGGUCCCAGGGAAUCUGAGAAUAUUGCUGUUCCCCCACAGACUGCCCCCAGCGUUCAGCAGCAAAAUGAUGCCCACGUGCAGGACUUCAACAUGAUGUCACACAGUGCCUGUGAGGCCCUGGCGAGGCAUGAUGCAGGCUCUGCCCCUUUAAACACACCACUGCCCUUCCCGAACAUCGUCGGAAAUCCAAUGAACACCACACAGUUAGGGAAGUCAUUUUUUCAGUGGCAAGUAGAGCAGGAAGAAAGCAAAUUGGCACAUAUCUCCCAAGACCAGUUUCUUUCAAAGGAUGCAGAUGGUGACACGUUCCUCCAUAUUGCUGUUGCCCAGGGGAGAAGGGCACUUUCCUAUGUCCUUGCAAGAAAGAUGAAUGCGCUUCACAUGCUGGAUAUUAAAGAGCACAAUGGACAGAGUGCCUUUCAGGUGGCAGUGGCUGCCAAUCAGCACCUCAUCGUGCAGGAUCUGGUGAACCUCGGGGCCCAGGUGAAUACGACUGACUGCUGGGGAAGAACCCCCCUGCAUGUUUGUGCUGAGAAGGGCCACUCCCAGGUGCUUCAGGCAAUUCAGAAGGGAGCAGCGGGGAGCAAUCAGUUUGUGGAUCUGGAGUCAACUAACUAUGAUGGCCUGACCCCUCUACACUGUGCAGUUGUGGCCCACAAUGCUGUGGUUCACGAACUCCAGAGAAAUCAACAGCCCCAUUCACCUGAAGUUCAGGAACUUUUGCUGAAGAAUAAGAGUCUGGUUGAUACAAUUAAGUGUCUGAUUCAAAUGGGAGCCGCAGUGGAAGCUAAGGAUCGUAAAAGUGGCCGCACAGCCCUGCAUUUGGCAGCUGAAGAAGCAAAUCUGGAACUCAUUCGCCUCUUUUUGGAACUGCCCAGUUGCCUGUCUUUUGUGAAUGCAAAGGCUUACAAUGGAAACACCGCCCUCCAUGUUGCUGCCAGCCUGCAAUAUCGGGUGACACAGUUGGAUGCAGUCCGCCUGUUGAUGAGGAAGGGAGCAGACCCAAGUACUCGGAACUUGGAGAAUGAACAGCCAGUACAUUUGGUUCCUGAUGGCCCUGUGGGAGAACAGAUCCGACGUAUCCUGAAGGGAAAGUCCAUUCAGCAGAGAGCUCCACCGUAUUAGCUCCAUUGGCUGGGAGCCUGGUCAGCAAUACUCACUGUCAGUUAGGCAGUCCUAAUGUAUCUGUACAUAGACCAUUUGCUCUGUAUUGGCAAAUGUAAGUUGUUUCUAUGAAACAAACAUAUUUAGUUCACUAUUAUAUAGUGGGUUAUGUUAAAAGAAAAGAAGAAAAAUAUCUAAUUCCUCUUGGCAGAUUUUAAUAUUUCAUACCCAGGUAUCUGGGAUCUAGACAUCUGAAUUUAAUCUGAGUGGUAAAAUUGACUUCAAUUUAACAGUAGCUUUUGGGUAGGAGAAGGCUUUGAUUUGUGGCAUAAGGCAUUGCUUAUGUAGCUAUUGCCAGUUUAAAAGGAGGUGAAUUGUAAACCUUUUCUUUAAAGAAAAAUGAAAGCAUUUGGAAGUUAAAAAAAAAAUCUGGACGUAGUGUUGAGGCUUCGUUUGGCCUGAUGCAGUACCUGAUAGUUAUUGGUGUUGGAAAGUCUCUAGUCGUUGGACUAGACGGAGGGUACCAUGGUUAAAGUUUGAUCUUUGCAAACUGUAUAUAAUUGUUAUUUUUGUCUUUUAAAAUAUUUAUACAAAUAUUUGUACAUUGGUCAUUAACAUGGCCACAUUUGAAAUGUGUAAAUCAAUAAACUAGAAAAGAACAAGUGGAUUUUCACUAUUUUUAAAAAUCAUAUGCAUUCAGAGGAGCUGUGUAAUCACCAUCUCUGUAGAUGAAACAGAUGGAGAGUUGUUCCUUUAGUGGCUGGCAGAGCUCUGUUUGAAUUGUAAAUAUGCUUUGAGAUGAGAUACAUUAUUUGUAGGGAAUUGCAUGCUGUUAAAGAGAACACCUUUUUAUGACUCACUUUCUAGAGUUUAUGAUUUACUUGCUCUGUUGGAAUGUUUGUUUUACCUUUAUAAGAACAACAAAAAGUCAAUAUUGAAACAUGUUUUACUGGUUUUCUGUUGUCAAAUAAUGAUAACGUACCAUGAUGUUUCAUAUUACCAUUCAGAAAAAAAAUGCCUAAUUUUUUAGUAACUUUAAUUCUAAUAAUAUUAUUUUGCUUAUUUCUGGCAUACCCCGAGGAAUGUAUUUGGCUUUGAUUGUACAUUAAUUCUUUGUAAUAAAUUUGA